AUGGACUUUGAGUCACAUUCGGGCAGCAGCACAAGCCACCAGCUUUACCCUCCACCCUGCCAUCAUCCACCCUGCCAUCGUCCACCCUGCCAUCAUCCACCCUCCACCCUGCCAUCAUCCACCAUCCACCCUGUCACCCUCCACCCUGCCAUCAUCCACCCUGCCAUCAUCCACCCUGCCAUCAUCCACCCUGCCACCCUCCACCCUGCCAUCAUCCACCCUCCACCCUGUCACCAUCCACCCAGCCAUCAUCCACCCUCCACCCUGCCACCCUCCACCCUGCCAUCAUCCACGCUGCCACACUCCCCCCUGCCACCCUCCACCCUGCUACCCUCCACCCUGCCAUCAUCCACCCUCCACCCUGUCACCAUCCACCCAGCCAUCAUCCACCCUGCCACCCUCCACCCUGCCAUCAUCCACGCUGCCACACUCCCCCCUGCCACCCUCCACCCUGCCAUCAUCCACCCUGCCACCCUCCUCCCUGCCACCCUCCACCCUGCCAUCAUCCACCCUCCACCCUGUCACCAUCCACCCAGCCAUCAUCCACCCAGCCACCCUCCACCCUGCCAUCAUCCACGCUGCCACACUCCCCCCUGCCACCCCGACCAUGUCCAGAUGGUGGAGGCGGGAACCUGA